AAAAAAUCAUUGUCAUUUAUAAAUUUUGUUCACUAAAAAUUGUAUUUCUUCAAAAAUCUUCAGUAAAAAUACGAUAAUGCCUUGUGGUGCAGGAUGCGGGGGCAACAGAAACACCCCUCCGCCACAAGUGGUCCCAUGUCCAAAUUAUAGCCCUCGUUAUCCUCCAGCUGCAGCUGCUGACCCUUACUUACAAUAUGAGUUUGGAUCGUCAACAUUUAGAGACCAGAAUCCAAUGGAUUUUGCGCGCAAUCUCCCAGACGAAUCGCUCGAACAUAACAUAAGCCCGAUUCAGCCUAUGGAAAUGUCGGCAGAAGUUGCAACUCCACCUCCGGACUCACCCAAAUCACCUCGACAGGAAUCGGAAAGGGAAGAGUCUUUGAUGCAAUGGUUCGAUCGGUCUGUGGAAAAAGAAUUGAGGAAGCACAAAGAUUCUGCCGUUGGUACCGCGAUGGGUUUGCCAUCGUCACCGAUGAUUGAUUUGGAAGAAGAAUUACCGUUGAACUUUUCCGCUGGACUUUUGGAUAGAAUAUCAGAGGCCAAUGCUAGUCAGGUUGAAAUGGUGUUUGAUUUGAGAAAAGAACCAGAGACUGACUUGUCAGAUGCAGUGGACAAGUUAGCCAAAGCCGAAGCGAUGUGCGCUUUCGCUGGAGCUGUAAGAGCGGCUGAAGCUGCGGCUCACCAAGCGCCGCCGGAAUUAGUGGAAGAAGCCGCUUUGGCUAGCGCCAGAGGUUACCAGACCGACCUGAAAGCUACCAGCAUCCAAGGAGAGAUUGUCGGUGUCAGACCGAUUGAAGUGCUCGGGUACGUCGGAGUCACUAAACCGAAGUAUCCGACGAAGAGACGUCAAUAAUAAUAAUUGUGUAACUGUCUUCAAUUUUUUUGAAAGUUAAUAAAAUAACAUUAUUCCACCCAUUCUUCAGCUCAAUAACAGAUUUAUUAUUAGUACUACAACAAACUACAAAAAGUGCGUUUAUUGAACAUAACUACUAAAUUCUAAAGUAGGUACACCAUUUAAGUUUAAAGACAGCAUCGAACUUUUAGAUAAUUAUGAGCGAAAAUCUCCAACAACAUUAAAGCAAGGCUCAUAAAAAUACCACAUCCAAAUACCGCAAACGGAAAGUAAACUUCGAUUAGGCCCACACUAAGAAAGAUGCUCUCUUUGCCUUUGCAUCUCGGCUUCUGAUUGAAACAUCGCCGGUAUUCUCCAUUGAACAGGCCUGUUUCUGUUAAUCUUCUAA